CAUUCGGCGAGCUGCUGCCGGAGAGACAACAUCGCAAGCUCUGCUCCACAAAUCCGAACGGAAGUUUAAAUUCAAGUCCUCCCACUUAAGCGUAUAGAAAAAACCACAAGCACGUGUUAUGUUUAACAAGUUCGCGAAAAGUUAAUCAUAUAUAAAAGCCACUUAGUGUGAAGGGUUAAAAAAAAAGUAAUAAUAAUAAGAAUUAUUCACAGACAUGUGCGACUAUGACGAUGAACUCUACCACGAGCGCCUGCCCGAUGUGUGCGGCGCAUUGGGCGCCAAGGCGCGCAGCUGUUGCAGUACGUCGACCCUCAAGCGGAUGCUACCCGUCUACAGCUGGCUGCCCAGGUACAAACCGAAAUAUCUAAUAGUCGACUUUGUGGCGGGCAUGACGGUCGGCCUGACGGCCGUCACGCAGGGCAUUGCGUAUGGCGCCGUCGCCGGACUGCCACCUGUCUACGGACUCUACUCAUCAUUUAUGGGCUGCUUUCUGUACAUAAUAUUCGGCACCUGCAAGGAUAUCACAGUGGGUCCCACAGCCAUCAUGUCCAUGAUGAUUUAUCCGCAUGUCAGCGGUAAUCCGGACUAUGCCGUAUUAAUGUGCUUCCUCUCCGGCUGCAUAAUACUGCUGCUUGGCUUACUGAAUCUCGGCGUUUUGGUGCGUUAUAUUUCGGUGCCAGUUACGACGGGUUUUACACUCGCCGCUGCUUUGACUGUGGGCAGCGGCCAGAUCAACAAUCUCUUUGGCAUACAAAGCAAAUCGAAUGACUUUCUCAGCGCGUGGAUCAACUUUUUCGGACACAUUCAGGAGACGCGCCGCAACGAUGCGAUACUCGGCUUCGGCACGCUCAUCCUACUGCUGAUCAUGCGAAAACUGAAGGAUCUGCCAUGUGGCUGCCGCCAGCUAACCAAAUAUUUGUCCCUGUGCCGCAACGUGCUGGCCGUUAUCAUUGGCAUCCUGUUAUGCUAUCUGCUUAGCCGGGACACGGAGGAAUUGCCCUUCCGGAUCAGCGAUAAAAUCACGCCGGGUCUGCCGCCCUUUCGUCCGCCGCCGUUUCACACAGUGGACGCUGAGGGACAGCCCCUGAGCUUUGGCGACAUGCUCUCCCAUUUGGGCGGAGCAGUCGCAACGAUUCCACUGCUGAGCAUACUGGAGUGCGUUUCGAUUGCGAAGGCUUUCUCCAAGGGCAAAAUUGUGGACGCUUCGCAGGAAAUGAUUGCUCUGGGCUUUUGUAAUCUGUUUAGCAGCUUCUUCUCCUCGAUGCCCAUAACUGGUUCCUUUGCCCGCUCGGCGAUCAACAAUGCGAGCGGUGUGAGGACGCCGUUAGGCGGCGCCUUUACCGGCAUCCUGAUACUGCUGACCCUGGCCUUUCUGACCUCCACCUUUGGCUAUAUACCCAAGGCUACGCUGGCGGCCAUCAUUAUCUCGGCCAUGCUGUUUAUGGUGGAGUAUGAAACAAUAGCUGAGAUCUGGCGCGCCAAAAAGCGCGACUUGGUUCCUUUUGUGGCCACCGCUUUGAGCUGUUUAUUCUGGUCCCUGGAGUACGGCAUGUUGGUGGGCAUGGCUAUCAACGCCCUCUUUAUACUGGGGAAAAGCAUGACACCACAGUUUCAGCUCGAAACGCAAAAGCACAAUGGCCUCGAGCUGUGCUUGGCGGAGCUGAAGGGCGACGUGGACUACACGGCUGCCGAAUAUUUGAAAACGACAACUGUCGCUCACGUGACGGAGCAAACAGACACAGUCAGACUAAUGAUCAUUAAAGGCCCGGAGAUUCGCUCAAUUGAUGCGACCGUGGCGCUGAAUUUAAUCUCUUUGCGAGAUGAUCUGCAGCUAUUGCAGUGCGAGCUCAUCUGCUGGAAUUGGGAUAUUAGGGCGGCGGGCGUGAUCUGCCGGCUGCAAAGGAAGGCCCGCAGCAUGUUCUGGUUUACGAAAAGCUUCACGGAGCUAUUAGAAAUGAUAGCAGAGGGUCGCAACAAUAAAUGCGAUCAAAUUGCAUGCGACUUGAGUCAAUAAAACUGUUUUGCUAACUACAGUUAAAUAAGUAUUUGACUCACGAGUAGUCGCCGCGUAGAUACCCUGUAUUAAGCGCUACAGCUUAUUUGAGUCGUCGUUAGGGGUUUGAUUUACUAAAUGUAUCUAAAGAGAGCAACAACAUAUGCUGUCCUACACCCUACCCUAACAUUUUUUCGUUAACGUCGGUUCCUAUAGAGCUAAUUAAACCUUUAUUUUAACAUAAUUAUAAUGGUCUGUCAAUUUAUGUAUACAUAGAAUUACAAUAAAAAAAAUUAAACAUAACGAUUUUUACUUUGUCUCGUUUUGGCAUAUUUGCUAGGCUGGCGUAUUUUAAGCUUUAGCAUAUGUAAAGCAGACUGUUGGGCAUUUUGUGACGUCACAUUUAUGCACACAGAAGAGCAGCAGCGGUAACAGACAAAGGGCGCGUACUGCAGAUACAGACAAAAUUACCCUUGCGCGUGCUUGGAGAAUGCAAACCGGUCCAUGCCCAGGCGACAAUAAGAGUUUUGCACACACACUACAGCACGCACAGACACACACACAUGUACACAGACGAACAGACAAACUUGACUGGCGCACUUACCUCGACCACGUUGAACUCAUUAUCCUUUGCCUCGGCGCCCAGCAGGAUUUGCUUGAUGACCAGCUUCUGGCCUCGUGCAUAAUCCUCAUCGGCGACAACGUCCCAGGUGACGCUGUUGUUUUCUGCGGUUAGGGUAA